AAUCUUUUUUCUGAGAGAGAAAAAUAGGGGAGGAGAAAUUAAGAGAGAGAGAGAGAGAGAGAGAUGGAGAAGGGAGCAGGAGAGAAGAAGAGGGUAGUUUGUGUGACUGGUGCAGGGGGAUUCAUUGCCUCAUGCCUCACCAAGCUCCUCCUCUCCAAAGGCUACACUGUUCACGGAACUGUCAGAGACCCAGGUGAUGAAAAGAAUGCUCAUUUGAGGAAUUUAGACGGGGGAUCAGGCAACCUACAGCUUUUUAAGGUAGACUUGCUUGACUACGAUGCUAUUGCUUCUGCUAUUGCAGGCUGUGAAGGAGUUUUCCAUGUUGCUAGUCCCGUUCCUUCAACCAAAGUGCCCAACCCUGAGGUAGAUGUAAUUGCUCCAGCUGUGACGGGCACUUUGAAUGUACUUAAAGCAAGCUCUGAGGCUAAAGUUAAAAGAGUAGUUAUGGUUUCUUCUGCAGCUGCAGUUCGAAUGACUCCGAACUUUCCAAUAGAUAAGGUCAUGGAUGAGGAUUGUUGGUCAGAUAAUGAAUAUUGUAAGAAAACUGAGAACUGGUAUUGCCUUUCAAAGACAAUGGCGGAGAGGGAGGCUAUCACGUAUGCAGAAAAACAUGGGCUUGAUCUUGUGACUGUUUGUCCAUCUUUGGUUUUGGGCCCCCUGCUCCAGUCAACAGUGAAUGCUAGCAGCUUGUUUCUUGUCAACAUAUUGAAAGGAAAGCGUGAAUCAAUGGACAACAGGGUCAAGCAUUUUGUUGAUGUUCGAGAUGUCGCUGAUGCACUUCUUCUUGUAUAUGAGAAGCCUGAAGCAUCUGGUCGCUACAUUUGUGCACCAAAUCCGAUAAAUAUCCAGGAAUUCAUCGACAUUCUAAAGAGCAUGUACCCGAACUAUGACUACCCAAAGAAGUUCCCUGAGAUAGAUGAUACCAGUGAUAAAGUCCAUAUGUCUUCAGAGAAAUUAAAGAAAUUGGGAUGGAAGUGUAGGCCAUUGAAGGAGGCCAUUGUGGAUAGUGUUGAGUACUAUAAGGAGGCUGGUAUUUUGAAUAAGGAUUAGAAAGAAAAAGUUAAUCAAGAGAUUAAUCUUGUUACUUAGUUAUGAUAAUACUAUGUAUUUGACUUUUUUACUUUGUAAUGACAUGUUUUUGCUUGUGUUAUGUGGAGAUUAUGGGUUUCUGCUUAUGGUAUGACUAGUAUUGCUUCAUCAA